AGUAAACACGCGGGGAAAGUGGCCGUGGUUGAGCUCCUCAGUUGGUGGUUGCACUUAGCUGCUCUUGAAAACUGUAGAUAGAAAAUGUGGUUUUAAACGCCUCUGUCUGAGCAUUUUACUCAAGAGAAACAGGGGUUUUAAAUCCAAGUUUCUCACAGCUGCUGAAAUCUCAGAACACCAGAAGCGAAAUGGCUGAGAACGGGUUGCUCCACCAUGGGAAGGUUCUGACGGUGGACACCAUGAACCCCAACGUGAAAAGGGUGGAAUACGCCGUCCGUGGACCCAUAGUACAGAGAGCUUUGCAGAUUGAGAAGGAACUCAAAGAGGGAGUAAAGAAGCCCUUCACGGAGGUCAUUAAGGCCAACAUCGGAGAUUGCCACGCCAUGGGUCAGAAACCCAUCACGUUCUUCAGACAGGUCUUGGCCCUGUGCUCUUAUCCUGAACUCCUGGAAGAUAACAAGUUUCCAGAGGACGUGAAGAACCGAGCGAGACGCAUCCUUCAGGCCUGUGCGGGAAGGAGUCUCGGUGCCUACAGUGCUAGUCAGGGCAUCGAGCUUGUUCGCCGUGAUGUUGCGCAGUAUAUCGAAAGAAGAGAUGGAGGGAUCCCUUGCAAUCCAGACAACAUCUACCUCACUGCAGGAGCCAGUGAUGCGAUCAUGACCAUGCUGAAGUUGUUAGUCUCGGGUGAAGGCCCUUCUCGCACCGGAGUGAUGAUCUCUAUCCCUCAGUAUCCGCUCUACUCUGCUGCUCUGGCUGAACUCGCUGCGGUUCAGAUUAAUUAUUAUCUGGACGAGGAGAAAUGCUGGAGUUUGGACGUGAGUGAACUGCGGCGCGCCCUGGAGGCGGCUAGGAAACACUGCAGGCCACGGGUUCUCUGCAUCAUCAACCCAGGAAACCCCACAGGUCAAGUGCAGAGCAGGCAGUGCGUUGAGGAUGUGAUCCAGUUUGCUGCUGAAGAAAACCUGUUUCUAAUGGCUGAUGAGGUGUAUCAGGAUAACGUAUAUGCAGAAGGCUGUCAGUUCCACUCCUUUAAGAAGGUUCUGUUUGAAAUGGGGCCGGAGUACUCAGACAAAUUGGAGUUAGCCUCGUUUCACUCAACAUCCAAGUGCUACAUGGGAGAGUGUGGUUUUCGGGGUGGUUACAUGGAGGUGGUGAACCUGGACCCUGAGGUCAAAGUUCAGCUCACAAAGCUGGUGUCUGUUCGCCUGUGUCCUUCAGUGCCUGGACAAGCUCUUCUAGACCUGGUGGUCAAUCCACCCCAACCAGGCGAACCCUCCUAUGGGACCUUCAUCAAGGAGCGUUCCCACACUCUGGAGGUGCUGGCAGAGAAGGCUAAGAUGACCCAGGAGAUACUGAACCAAGUACCAGGAAUAACCUGUAAUCCAGUUCAAGGAGCCAUGUACACCUUUCCUCAAAUCCAGCUCCCUCCUAAAGCCAUCGCUGAAGCCAAGGAGAAAGGCCAGGCUCCUGAUAUGUUCUACUGUAUGAAACUUCUGGAGGAGAAAGGGAUCUGUCUGGUUCCAGGCAGUGGAUUUGGUCAGAGGGAUGGUACCUACCACUUCAGGAUGACCAUUCUACCACCUACGGAGAAGCUGAAGAUUGUUUUGGAUAAAGUAAAGGAGUUCCAUCAGAGUUUUACUGAGCAGUAUUCAUAACUAAAAAAACCCCACCAUGAGAAGGAGGAAUAACAGGGGUGGAGGGAAAUUUCAGCAGUGCCUUAAAGUAACUUCCACUGACCACCAUAAUGGACACGUUUCAUUUGUUUUCAUGUCUUCUCUGCCGGGCGUAAAGAGAAAGACAGUCGUGAUGUAACCUGUUUUUGAGUUUUAGUCUUUAGUCUUAGUCCAGUUGAGUUAAUUGUUCUGUGAUUUUUUUUUUUUUUGUUUGUGCGACUCACCUAAAAGUUAUUUUUAGACAUUUUAAGAUAAAUUUAGAGGGAUUCCUACAGGCCUUAUAUUUUGUUUAGGUGUCUAAUAAAAGCAUCGGAAUAACAUAAAAGUAUUUAAUAAUGUCAAGUCUACAGUUUUUUAGAAAUCUCUGUCAUAAAGUGUUACAGAGGACAUCUGUGUACGUAAAAGUUUAUAAACAUAUUCAUUACACAUACUUUAAUUGCCUCUUUGAGAACAGAAUUAAAUUAUUAAUUUGUA